GCACCGCGUGUCCCCGUCGAGUGGACAGUCUUUACUCAGUCGCUGGCCAAGUCGGUUCGGAACUUGUCCCCAGAUAGUCCGAGAUUCGUGACCUCCGCUUCCCGCGACCUUAAGUCCCCUGGCCAGCAACGCGUAUCAAGGCGUGCCAACGCAUAUCAGCGCGUGCAGACAGUUGGAUUCCCCAAUUUCGAAUCAACGUCUUCAUUCCCGUUCCGGCAAAUUGUGUCGAAGCUCCCCUUUCGAUUAACACGAUCCCAGAUUCCAGUUGGACAGCUCGACUUUAAUCAGCAGAGGGGCCGGCUACCGGAAGACCCAGGGAAAGAUGCCGAGCAGCAAGACCAGAAUCGCCGUGGUAGGUGGAGGAGUCGCAGGUUUGGUGGUCGCCCGCCAUGUUGCUUCCCGACCGGAAACGUACAGCCUGACUCUGUUUGAACAAUCCGACCAAGUUGGAGGUACCUGGGUGUACACCGAUCGCGCAGACACCGAUAAACACGGGCUUCCGGUGCACAGCAGCAUGUACAAGAACCUCAGGACGAAUCUGCCGAAGGAGGUGAUGCAGAUCCCGGAUUAUCCGUUCAAGGAGCUGGAGGGACCGUCCUUCGUACACCACAGCGUGAUCCGCGAGUACUUGUUCGGAUACGCCAAGCACUUUAACCUGUAUCCACAUAUAAAGCUCAAUACUCUGGUGAAACACGUGGAGCCCGAGGUCCUGAAGAACGGGCAGGUGUUGUGGAUGGUCACCUACGUGGACCUGGAGGCCAAGCUGAAGACCACGAAGACCUUCGACGUGGUCAUCCUCUGCAACGGGCAUUACACCGUGGGGCACGUGCCGCGUAUCAGGGGGAUCGACAGCUUCCCCGGAAGCUGCAUCCACAGCCAUCAGUACCGGAUACCGGAGAUCUACUCCGGGAAGAAGGUCUGCAUCCUUGGAGCCUCCUGGUCCGGCAUCGACAUCGCCAUCGAGGUGUCCAAUUUCGCGGAUAAGGUAUACUUGAGCCACAACUUGCCGACUCCCGUGGACGCGAAGAUGAUGAAGAACGUGGAACAGCGACCUGGGGUGGAGUCGGUGCGAGGGAAGACCUUCAUCUUCAAGGACGGCUCCUCGGCGGAGAUCGACGCCUUCAUAUACUGUACGGGAUACAAGUUCACGUAUCCUUUCCUCUCGGAUAAGGUUGAGCUCAGCACGGAGGACAACCACGUGGAGCCGAUCUACAAGCACCUGUUGCACACCGACAUGCCGAAUCUGUUCUUCAUGGGCUUGCCCGGGAUCGUGAUCCCGUUCCCGAUGUUCCACAUCCAGUCGCACUACAUCCUGGGGAUCCUGGAGGGCCGUAUAAAAUUACCCUCCUCGAAGGAGAUGCGAGAAGACAUGGAGCGAGAAAAGGCAGCUCUUCUGGAGCAGGGGAUCCCUCUGAGACACAUCAACAAGAUGAAGGAGAGGCAGUGGGCUUACUACGACGAGAUCGCCGCCGCAGCCAAUAUACCCAGCUUCCCUCCUGUCGUGAAGAAGAUCUACGACCACACCAACCAGAUGCGAGAGCUCGACCUGACGACCUACAAGAACUACCAAUACCGCAUCGUCGAUAACGAGAACUUCACCGUGUGUUGUUGUAAACCCUGUUAGGGUUUAAAAGGGAGGCCUAAAAUGAAUCAACUUAUCACAUCUGACAUAAAACUCAAGUCGUUUCGUCCUCGACGAGCGUGUCGCACGAUAAGAGCGCACGCUCCAACUAAAGACUACACCUUAUCACAUAGAAACGCCAUCUUGUUAGCGACUAGAUCACCGGAAAAAGAAGGGUGUAGAUUUAGUUGGGGCAUCUGUCUACCUCGCCGAGUGCGGGGUAUUCAAGAAUCUCCCUAGGCGAUAGGUCAAAUCCGCGGUAACAGGAAAAACCAGCAACGCAUUCUGACCGUUUUUCGCGACCACGAUUCGUUGAAGAAUCUGGUGUUAUCGCGAGUAGCGUCGAUCGAGACGCUAUUACAAUAUAGUUGGUUAAUCGAUAUCAGUGCCGUUGCACUGGGUAACCAAAAGAGAAGCGUUAAACGGCGUCGUUUAUAUUUUUACCGAGGAUAUCUCGUAGCCUUCGAGACUCUCGGUAUGCGAAUGGCUGCUAGUAUUUCAGGAAUUACUUAAGGUGAUAUGAAAGAUAUAUACGUGAAAAUAUAAAACUUUUCUUCAAACUGGGUGCACCGAAUUAU